UAUCAGCUUUUCCCUGCUACUGUGUGAUGAAAAAUGUUGACAAACAUUUGGAAGAAGUGAGAGUUGGCAGGAGCAGGUUAGGAACUCAUAGCUAUAGAGAAGGCAGAGAAAAGUGUCAGCUUAUCUCUCCUGACAUUUUGCUUAUGUAUAGAGGAAGGUUUUUACAUCCCUCCUAAUAUUUUUUAACAUUCCUUGGAUGAUUCAAAUGGAAAACCCUGAUGCUAUACACCUGCCUUUGGAGAAUGUAUGAGGAAAACAGCUUUUUUUGUAUCUAUUCCGAAUAAUAUGAAAGGAUUGGCUCCAGGUUUCCAUAUCCAGUAAAAGCCUUCAGGUUCGUCUGUGACAGGACUCUCCGUAGAGGUUAUUUUUACCUGGCAUGGCUGUCUUGUUACUGAUACUGCUGCUCUGGAUGGCAGAAAUAACUUCUCCUGUUGGUGCCUCAAGCAGAAUGAAAGCUGGGUCAAGGUGGAGAGGUGAAAAGAAUCACCCUGAAGACCUAGAGAGGGGGAACGACAACGGGACGCCCAUCCCCACCUCUGAUAACGAUGACAAUUCGCUGGGCUACACAGGCUCCCGUCUUCGGCAGGAAGAUUUUCCACCUCGCAUUGUUGAACACCCUUCAGACUUAAUUGUUUCCAAAGGAGAACCUGCAACUUUGAACUGUAAAGCCGAAGGCCGCCCCACACCCACUAUUGAAUGGUACAAAGGGGGGGAGAGAGUGGAGACUGACAAAGAUGACCCGCGCUCACACAGAAUGUUGCUGCCAAGUGGAUCUUUAUUUUUCUUACGUAUAGUCCAUGGACGAAAAAGUAGACCUGAUGAAGGGGUCUACGUUUGUGUAGCAAGAAAUUAUCUCGGAGAGGCGGUGAGCCACAAUGCAUCGCUGGAGGUAGCUAUUCUCCGGGAUGACUUCAGACAGAAUCCUUCAGAUGUCAUGGUGGCAGUUGGGGAGCCCGCGGUGAUGGAGUGCCAGCCACCACGAGGCCAUCCAGAACCCACCAUUUCAUGGAAGAAAGAUGGCUCUCCACUGGAUGAUAAAGAUGAAAGAAUAACCAUCCGAGGAGGAAAACUCAUGAUCACUUAUACCCGUAAAAGUGAUGCUGGCAAAUACGUUUGUGUUGGUACCAAUAUGGUUGGGGAACGUGAGAGUGAAGUAGCAGAGUUAACUGUUUUAGAGAGACCCUCAUUUGUGAAAAGACCUAGUAACUUGGCUGUAACUGUGGAUGACAUCGCAGAAUUUAAAUGUGAGGCCAGAGGUGACCCCGUGCCUACAGUACGAUGGAGAAAAGACGAUGGAGAGCUACCCAAAUCCAGAUAUGAAAUUAGAGAUGAUCAUACCUUGAAAAUUCGGAAGGUGAUGGCUGGUGACAUGGGGUCAUAUACUUGCGUUGCAGAAAAUAUGGUUGGAAAAGCUGAAGCAUCAGCUACUCUCACUGUCCAAGAACCUCCACAUUUUGUUGUGAAACCCCGUGACCAGGUUGUGGCCUUGGGGCGAACUGUCACUUUUCAGUGUGAAGCAACGGGAAAUCCUCAACCAGCUAUUUUUUGGAGGAGAGAGGGGAGUCAGAAUCUUUUGUUUUCGUAUCAGCCGCCGCAGUCAUCUAGCCGCUUUUCAGUCUCCCAGACCGGCGACCUCACGAUUACUAAUGUCCAGCGAUCUGAUGUUGGCUAUUACAUCUGCCAAACUUUAAAUGUUGCCGGGAGUAUCAUCACAAAAGCAUAUUUAGAAGUUACUGAUGUGAUUGCAGACCGGCCUCCCCCGGUCAUUCGACAAGGUCCUGUGAAUCAGACCGUCGCUGUGGAUGGAACUUUAGUGCUCAGCUGUGUGGCCACAGGCAGUCCACUGCCCACCAUUCUGUGGAGGAAGGAUGGAGUCCUCAUCUCCACCCAGGAUUCUCGAAUCAAACAGCUGGAGACAGGAGUGCUACAGAUUCGAUAUGCCAAGCUUGGUGACACUGGUCGGUAUACCUGCAUUGCAUCAACUCCCAGUGGUGAAGCAACCUGGAGUUCUUAUAUUGAAGUCCAAGAAUUUGGAGUUCCAGUUCAACCUCCAAGACCCACGGAUCCCAAUUUGAUACCUAGCGCACCCUCUAAACCUGAAGUAACAGAUGUGAGCAGAAAUACAGUAGCAUUAUCAUGGCAACCAAAUUUGAAUUCAGGUGCAACUCCAACAUCAUACAUUAUUGAAGCUUUCAGCCAUGCAUCUGGUAGCAGCUGGCAGACUGUCGCUGAGAAUGUGAAAACAGAAACAUUUGCCAUUAAAGGACUGAAACCUAAUGCAAUUUACCUUUUCCUUGUAAGAGCAGCUAAUGCAUAUGGAAUUAGUGAUCCAAGCCAGAUAUCAGACCCAGUGAAAACACAAGAUGUUCCCCCGACGAGUCAGGGGGUGGAUCACAAACAGGUCCAGAGAGAACUGGGAAAUGUCGUGCUUCACCUCCACAACCCCACCAUCCUCUCAUCUUCCUCCAUCGAAGUCCACUGGACAGUGGACCAACAAUCUCAGUAUAUUCAAGGUUAUAAAAUCCUAUAUCGACCGUCUGGUGCCCACCAUGGUGAAUCGGAGUGGUUAGUGUUUGAAGUGAGGACCCCAACCAAAAAUAGCGUGGUUAUCCCUGAUCUCAAAAAAGGAGUCAACUAUGAAAUUAAGGCUCGCCCCUUUUUCAAUGAAUUUCAAGGAGCAGAUAGUGAAAUUAAGUUUGCCAAAACCCUAGAAGAAGCACCGAGUGCCCCACCCCAAAGUGUAACUGUGUCAAAGAAUGAUGGCAAUGGAACUGCAAUUCUUGUUAGCUGGCAACCACCUCCAGAAGACACUCAAAAUGGAAUGGUGCAAGAGUAUAAGGUUUGGUGUCUGGGCAAUGAAACCCGAUACCACAUAAACAAGACAGUUGAUGGUUCCACCUUCUCUGUGGUUAUCCCGUCUCUGGUGCCUGGGAUCAGAUAUAGCGUGGAGGUGGCAGCCAGCACUGGGGCCGGACCAGGAGUGAAGAGUGAACCACAGUUCAUCCAACUAGAUUCGCACGGGAACCCUGUAUCCCCUGAAGACCAGGUCAGCCUUGCUCAGCAGAUCUCUGACGUGGUGAAGCAGCCUGCGUUCAUAGCAGGAAUUGGGGCAGCCUGCUGGAUUAUCCUUAUGGUCUUCAGCAUCUGGCUCUAUCGACACCGGAAGAAGAGAAAUGGGUUGACUAGCACUUACGCGGGCAUCAGAAAAGUAACUUAUCAGAGAGGAGGCGAAGCUGUGAGCAGUGGAGGGAGGCCAGGACUUCUCAACAUCAGUGAACCUGCCACACAGCCGUGGCUGGCAGACACGUGGCCCAACAGUAGCAACAACCACAAUGACUGCUCCAUCAAUUGCUGCACAGCGGGCAAUGGGAACAGUGACAGCAACCUCACUACCUACAGCCGCCCAGCUGAUUGUAUAGCAAAUUAUAACAACCAACUGGAUAACAAACAAACAAAUCUGAUGCUCCCUGAGUCAACUGUUUAUGGUGAUGUGGACCUUAGUAACAAAAUCAAUGAGAUGAAAACCUUCAAUAGCCCAAAUCUGAAGGAUGGGCGUUUUGUCAAUCCAUCAGGGCAGCCCACGCCUUACGCCACCACCCAGCUCAUCCAGUCAAACCUCAGUAAUAACAUGAACAAUGGCAGCGGGGACUCUGGCGAGAAGCACUGGAAACCACCCGGACAACAGAAGCAGGAAGUGGCACCAAUUCAGUAUAACAUCAUGGAGCAAAACAAACUGAACAAAGAUUAUCGGGCAAAUGACACGAUCCCUCCAACUAUCCCGUACAACCAAUCAUACGAUCAGAAUACAGGAGGAUCCUAUAAUAGUUCCGACCGGGGCAGUAGUACAUCUGGGAGUCAAGGCCACAAAAAAGGGGCACGGACACCCAAAGCGCCCAAACAGGGAGGUCUGAACUGGGCAGAUCUGCUCCCUCCACCCCCAGCACACCCGCCACCACACAGCAACAGUGAAGAGUACAGUAUGUCAGUAGAUGAAAGUUGUAGCUAUGACCAAGAAAUGCCAUGCCCCGUGCCACCAGCAAGGAUGUACUUGCAACAGGAUGAACUAGAGGAAGAAGAUGAUGAAAGGGGCCCCACACCACCCGUGCGGGGUGCAGCGUCCUCUCCAGCUGCAGUGUCUUACAGCCAUCAAUCCACUGCCACACUCACUCCCUCCCCACAGGAAGAGCUCCAGCCUAUGUUGCAGGAUUGUCCAGAGGAGAUGGGUCACAUGCAGCACCAACCAGACAGGAGACGGCAACCUGUGAGCCCUCCUCCGCCGCCGCGACCCGUUUCCCCACCGCACACCUACGGCUACAUUUCAGGGCCCCUGGUCUCAGAUAUGGACACGGAUGCGCCUGAGGAGGAAGAAGACGAGGCUGACCUGGAAGUGGCCAAGAUGCAGACCCGAAGGCUGUUGCUGCGCGGGCUGGAGCAGACCCCUGCCUCCAGUGUGGGGGACCUGGAGAGCUCCGUCACGGGGUCCAUGAUCAAUGGCUGGGGCUCGGCCUCCGAGGAGGACAACAUUUCCAGCGGGCGCUCCAGUGUCAGUUCCUCCGAUGGCUCCUUUUUCACCGAUGCAGAUUUUGCCCAGGCCGUGGCAGCCGCCGCAGAGUAUGCUGGCCUGAAAGUGGCCAGACGUCAAAUGCAGGAUGGUGCUGGUCGCCGACAUUUUCAUGCAUCUCAGUGCCCUCGACCCACAAGUCCUGUCUCCACUGACAGCAACAUGAGUGCCGCAGUCAUGCAGAAGGCCAGACCCGCCAAGAAGCCCAAACACCAGCCAGGACAUCUGCGCAGAGAAGCCUACACAGAUGAUCUUCCACCCCCACCAGUACCGCCACCUGCUAUUAAGUCACCCACUGUCCAAUCCAAAGCACAGCUGGAGGUACGACCCAUGAUGGUGCCCAAACUCCCUUCCAUAGAAGCACGAACAGACAGAUCAUCAGAUAGGAAAGGAGGCAGUUACAAGGGGAGAGAAGCGUUGGAUGGAAGACCAGUCACUGAAAAAACCAACCCAACUGAUUCCAGAGAAGCACAGGAACAGCAGAACGAUGGAAAAGGACGAGGAAACAAGGCAGUAAAACGAGACCUUCCGCCAGCGAAGACUCAUAUUGUUCAAGAGGAUAUUCUACCUUACUGUAGACCUACUUUUCCAACAUCAAAUAAUCCCAGAGAUCCUAGUUCGUCAAGUUCAAUGUCAUCCAGAGGAUCAGGAAGCAGACAAAGAGAACAAGCAAAUAUGGGUAGAAGAAAUAUUGCAGAAAUGCAAGUUCUUGGAGGAUAUGAAAGAGGAGAAGAUAAUAAUGAAGAAUUAGAGGAAACCGAAAGCUGAAGACAAGCAGAGAGUCUGGUGAGAUCUAACGUGCAAAGGAUCACUCAAGAUGCCUCAUGUCUGAAAACACAUGGCGCCAGAUAAGAUGUUCAGUGCAAUCAGAGUGUACAAAUUUUGGUUUUAUUCCUCUUACUGGAAUACCGUUUCUAAAAUCUAUUGGUUUUCUUGUUGUUGUUUGAUCCCUUUCCCCAUGAAGAACCUCCCUAUGCCCCCCUCACUGUUGGCAUACACUAAACCUUACUUCCAGCAAGGGAAGUCUCUGAGCUCUUGCUUCAGUCAUCAGCCAGCAGGAGAGAACAAAAAACGGUUCUUUUGCAUUUUGCCCCUGAGAUAUGGCAUUGCACUGCUUAUAUACCAAGCUAAUUUACAGCAAAGUUUUGAUCAAAGAACAUACGUUGUUUAAUAAACCUCAUGCCAAGGGCUCUCAAGAUAUAAUCUUUCUAUACCUAACUGCUUAGGCAAAAUAAAACAUCCUCAUUUUAACAUGAUUUUAAAAUCAGGCUUUCAUGCCACCCUCUGCUGGGAGAAAAGGAGAGGAAAAAAAAAAAACUAACCCAUAGCAAAUGCAGAACAACCACAAUCAAUUUAAAUGGGGUACAAACAUUGUAAAUAUAUACUCUUUGCAACCCCUGGUGAUAUUUUAUAUUGUUUUCAUUUCAAUCAUUGAAGUAUAUUCUUAUUGGAAAUGUACUUUUGGAUAAGUAGGCGUAAGCCAGUUGGAUCUCUGGUUGUCUAGUCAUUGUCAUAAAUAAACCUAGCAAAAACCUUGUUCUAUUUUUCAAUCAAAAAAAAAGCAAUUAUAAAUGCCUAUUACAAACAAAUGGAUGUUUUUAAUGACCAAUUGAAUAAGGACAUCCCUAUCUUAACUGGCCUAAAUUUCUUCUGGUAGUGUCAGUUCAACUUUCAGAAGUGCCACUUAAGGAAGUUUGAUUUUUGUUUUUGUAAUGCACUGUUUUUAAUCUUUUUUUUUUUUUGGUUUUAAAAGCACAAUCACUAAACUUUAUUUGUAAACCAUUGUAACUAUUAACCUUUUUUGUCUUAUUGAAAAAAUGUUGAAAGCGUUUUUUAACCUGUUUUUGUUAAUGCUCUAUGUUUGUAUUUGGAAUAUUUGAAUGAUGACAGGUGGUGAAGUAACGUGCAUACUUUAUUGUGGGCCAUGAAACCGAUGGUUCUUGCUUUUUCUGGACUUAACGAAAAAAGGUUUAAGUUUGUUAUGGCCAUUGUUGAAACUUACAAGAUUUACAAGAUUUCCUUAGAAGUGCAAAUAGAGGCAUUACUUGCUUUAAAUUGCCAUACAAUGCCCUCAGACUGUAGAUUUUUAUGAUCCUUUUUGUUGUUACAUAAAUUUCACUGACUUUAUAAUUGGUGCUAUUUGAAGAAAGAGAAAUGUACAUUCAUUCAUACAUAGGUCUCAGGCCUGACCCCACUGGAAAACAAAGCCAAACAAAACUGAACCACAAAAAAAAAAAAAAAAAUUAAAAAAAAGAAGAAAAAAAAAGCUGGUGUCCACCAAAAACUAAAUGUGUUCACUUAGAUAAUUUGAAAGUUUCAUAGAAAGAGUGUGCAGUACUAAGGGAACAAUCCAUGUGAUUAAUGUUUUCAUUAUGUUCAUGUAAGAAGCCUCUUAUUUUUAGCCAUAAUUUUGCAUACUGAAAAUUCAAUAAUCAGAAAAGUAAUUUUGUCGCAUUAUUUAUUAAAAAUGUUCUCAAAUACAUCA